AUGUCACAAGAUACUUGUACAUUCAGCUAUAUUGCUAGAAAAGAUUGUCAACCGAAAAUCGCUACAGGUGUAGAACAAAGAUGGCAAGAUCUCAAGAGAGAAUUUAGUCGACAAGGUGAAGGAUUAUCAGGUGCGAAAUAUUAUAAAACCGUCAGUCUUCAAGGACCUCAAUUAUUUGCGGUGAAAUUUGAUCAAACUGUUUGGUAUCAUGAUGACAAUAAGUGGCAUAGAUAUAUUACAGCCACGGAUAUCAAGUAUGGUGUAUCGUAUGCACCAGAGUUAAAUCCGAGACGUGAUACAUUCGCUUCGACAACAACAGAUGAAGAUGAUGAACCUGAAUACGGUGUACAAAAUGAAGACUAA